AAAUCUAAAUGAUGAUAAACGAUUCCGAAUAAUUAUUUUUUUGCAAAAUUUUUUUACUAAAGAGAAACUUUCUAAAAUUUACUUUAUGAUGACGGCGGAGAGUGAAGAAGUUAAUAAUUUGUUGCACGCUGUUAUUUAUAAAGAAGCUGAGGAGUAUUUUAGUAAUUAUGAAAAGAGUGAUACUAUUAAUAUUGAAUUUUUUAACGAUCUACAAAAAUUUUUGAGUUUAUGUUUAGGCCAUAAUAAUAUAACGUUAUCUGAGUUUUAUAGCAUCUUACUUGAAAAUUCACGAUUUAUAUCUAUUUCGGGUAAAAAAACAUUGUCACAAUUAUUUGAAAGUAUGGAAUUGCAAAAUAAUGUAGAUGUUUGGAAUAAAAAAUAG